ACCCCAUUGCCUCCGACGACCUGUCGGACCCGGACGUGGUGUUCACCUGCUGCGACACCGACGAGUCGGGCCGCCUGGACGUGCACGAGCUGCGGUUUGCGCUCAACUCGUUCGGCCUGUUCCCCGACCCAGAGAUCGUGGCCGCCUGGAUGGGCGAGCAGGACGCCCUCGACAGGGCCGAGUUCCGCGAGCUGCUGCGCCUCAAGCUGGCCAGCGCCCCGAGCUCCGUGAGGCAUGCCUACAUCACCAUGGCGCACGACGAGGAGGACACGCACGGGGUAAACCUGCUGCGCACGCUCCCUGUGGUACACGCGCUUCGCAAGGUGACCGACCGUCAGAUCAUUGUGAUGACCAACGCGACGCAGUUUGGCGACGGAACCAGUGUCAGGGAUGCCUUUGGCAAGAUGAGUGUCGACGUCUGGCCAAUCCAUCCCGUCGACAUUCCAGAAGAGUUCCUGACCCGGAAGUACAUGGCCAAGUGCAAGGCCAAGUGCGGCUUCACGUUCUUCAAGCUCCAGGCCUGGAGAUUUACCCAGUUCGACAAGCUCAUCAUGUUCGACACCGACGCGAUCGUCACAAGGAAUUUCGACGAUUUCUUCGAGCUCCCUGGCACAUGGGCGCAGGAGGAGCGGUGGUGGUGCAAGCCCACCGGCUUCAUGAGCGGGGGCUUCGUCAUCCUGGAGCCCAGCGAGCGCGACUACCAGGGCAUGAUGCGCUUCGCCAACACAGAGGACAUCCCAGCUGCAGACCAGUCCACCAUCUCCGGCUACUUCGGCGUUGGCGGCCAGGUUGACGAGUCUCAGCUAAUGCUGGUCCGCACCCUCUCCGGCUACUUCAACGCCAGCUCGUUGAGGCACAGAGUCCAGCUCAUCGACAAGGAGAAGGUCGACUACGGCAUGUGCCUGGACGCGCACCCGGAGGGCCCCCCGCCGUUCGUGCACAAGUCCGACCGCAACAACCACUGCUUCACCAGCCCGGCGCCCUCACGCCGGAGUGCAAGAGGCACAGGCUCGGCGCUCUGUACCGCCAGCACCUGUGCGAGGCGACGGCCACGCUGGGGAUCGCGUUCGACGAGCGGGACCAGUACUGCGGGUGAGCGGCGUGCGGGGCCCCUCUCGUCGAGAUCAAAAAGACCCCCCUAA